ACAGGAAGUAAGAGACUCUCUUUUCCGUUUUAACCCGGCGCUUAACAGCACGCGCAUGGAGCACUGAUAUAAAUAUCUACAACGUCACCAGGCUGAUUAAAGAGUCUUUAUUACGGAGAUACAAGUAUCUAUUCCCUAAGAUGAAACCCAUCCUUUUGCAGGGCCAUGAGAGGUCCAUUACUCAGAUCAAAUACAACCGAGAGGGUGACCUGCUCUUCUCUGUGGCCAAGGACCAGUUUGUCAACGUGUGGUACUCGGUCAACGGAGAGAGGCUCGGGACUUACAACGGUCACACUGGAGCUGUGUGGUGUGUCGACGUUGACUGGGACACAAAACACGUGUUGACCGGGUCGGCUGACAACAGCUGCAGGCUCUGGGACUGUGAGACGGGUAAACAGCUCGCCGUGCUCGAUACCAACUCGGCAGUGAGGACGUGUGGCUUCGACUUCAGCGGGAACAUCAUCAUGUUCUCAACGGACAAACAGAUGGGCUACCAGUGCUUCCUGAACUUCUUCGAUCUGCGAGACCCCCAACAGAUCGAGGACAACCAGUCGUACCUGUCCGUGCCAUGCAGCGAGUCGAAGAUCACGAGUGCGGUGUGGGGGCCACUGGGGGAGUUCGUGAUCGCGGGACACGAAAACGGAGAAAUCAACCAGUUUAGCGCCAAGUCUGGCGAUAUCCUGACUACAGUGAAGGAGCACACGAAGCAAAUCAACGACAUCCAGUCAUCUGUAGACCUCACGAUGGUCAUCACGGCCUCUAAAGACUGCGCCGCCAAGCUGUUUGACUCGUCCUCGCUAGAGCACAUUAAAACCUUCAAGACUGAGCGACCCGUCAACUCGGCCGCCAUCUCGCCCAUAAUGGACCACGUGGUCAUGGGAGGAGGUCAGGAGGCCAUGGAGGUCACAACCACCUCCACUAGGAUUGGCAAAUUUGAAGCCAGGUUUUUCCACGCAGCUUACGAAGAGGAGUUUGGAAGAGUGAAGGGUCACUUCGGCCCCAUCAACUGCGUGGCGUUUCACCCAGACGGCAAAAGUUACAGCAGCGGUGGUGAGGACGGCUACGUCAGAAUUCACUAUUUCGAUCCUCAGUACUUCGACUUCGAGCUCGAGGCCUAAACUGUGACAUCAUUCCUGUUUCAACAUCAGCGCAUCAGCCAGCGUCAUCCCGCAGUUCAUCAGUCAGAAUUACAACCUUUUUUUGUUUUUUUACACUCGGGUUUUAAAGACUGCACAGGUGAUGGCUGGAAUGUUCCAGAUUAUUUAAUAAAUCACGUUCUCAAUAAACAGUUUGACGUACAAAA